AUGGCUCGUACCAAGCAAACUGCUCGUAAAUCGACUGGUGGUAAGGGUAGCAAAAGUUUACGGAAGAAGUUGGCUGCAAAAGUUGCACGAAAAUCGCACCGUGACAAGUCUGGUGAAGUGAAGAGUAAACCACAUCGCUUCAGACCAGGCACAGUCGCUCUUCGUGAAAUCCGCCGUUACCAGAAGAGUACAGAGCUGCUGAUUCUAAAAAUGCCAUUCCAGCGCCUUGUUCGUGAAAUCACCGCACAGUUCACCAGUUCUGUCAGGUACCAGUCUGCUGCCAUCGGUGCAUUACAGGAAGCGGCUGAAGCAUAUAUGGUUGGUUUAUUCGAAGACACUAAUCUGUGUGCAAUCCACGCUAAACGCGUCACCAUUAUGCCCAAGGAUGUUCACCUCGCCCGCCGAAUCCGUGGCGGUCAUUAG